ACAUAAAAAAAAAUGCAAUUGCAACAUGCAACAUGUGAUUCAUUGUAGGUCGAAGUUUAUUGUUGUUAUUUAAGAUUGCUUUUCCUGGUUUUUUCCGAGAAUGGCGUGAAUAUUAUUUUUAUUUUUUUACUUUACAAUUUUUAUCAAACGAAAUGGAGGAAGUCAAUAAUGUGACAAUUGAGUGUUUGCCUGUUGAAAUUGUGGAGAAUAUUUUGCAAAACGAUAGUUUGACAUUCAAAGAUGUUGUCAACUUUUCUUCAACUUGCCGAAGAUUCAGAGAAAUAGUAAACGGAAGCAAUAAAGUUUGGAAGAAAACAUUCUUUCAAAAGUGGCCGUUGCUGCAAAAGGCCUUUGAUCAUCAGAAGGUGUGCACCUGGAGGCGAGAGUUUGCCAUCCGCUUGCACAUCGGUUUCUUUGUAUUGAAGAAGCUAGCUGAGUUCUCGCCAAAGUUUAUUGACGUAGAUGAGAUUUCCGACUCAGAGUUUGAAGAUUUCAGGUUGAAGUUGGAGGAACAUCACUUAAAUUACUGCUACAUGGUUGAUGAAUUGAAGACUCUGUUUGAUAGUGAUAUGAACUGUAACCUCACGAAUAAAUACUAUGGCACUAAACUGAUGAGGUUCUUGAAGCAAGAGCAUCUAAAAGAAGUGUGGAAUGACUUCAUCCACUUGUCCCCUGAAGAGCAGUUGUUGGAAACUGGUGCAGCUUUUGUUGCGCAGUGGUGCCAGCCACUGCUGGAUAUCUCGACUGCCGACAUUGCGAUGUUCUGUGACGAUAUCGCUGAAAAGGUGAAGCUGUUGGUGAUGUCGAAGAACAGUUCCCACUCCCUCCUGAACGUGUCGCCCGAACAACUGAACGACUGGCGGGGGAGGAACAUCAGCGACAACCACUUCAGUAGCUCCGAGUCCAAGCAGAUUCUGUCCGUACUUUGUGAAGUCCUUUUUCAGCACUACAAUUUCAGUGCAGGCAAUGAAAUGUUUCAGUUUAUGGAGACUUCAUUGUUCAACUGGGUCAUAGAGCACCGGACAGGCACUGCUCUCACAAUGUCCAUUCUCAUUGAGAGCAUCGCCCGGCGACUGGGCGUCAAGUGUGAGGUGGUUGUGUUCCCGUCCCACCUCUUGCUGCGCUGGAAGGAGAAGUACAAAGGCCCCGAGUACGACAGCUUCAGCCCCUCCAGCUACAUUGAUGUGUUCAAUGGGGGACAGUUCUUGACCAAGCGUAGCUGCCCAAAAUUUUCUUCAAAUGGAGAAUGUCCAAUGAAAAAGAAGAGUGUCUGUGCUGCAAAUGCUGUGGAGGUGGUGGAGCACUUGGCAACUGAUGUGUACACCGCUGUUCGCCGGGAAGGCAGUCACAGUGGGAAGAGUUCUCGAGUGCGCUCGGGUCUGGAGCUGCUGGUGGUGGUGAAGCCAACCAACCCUUACAACGUGCUGCAUGCAGCCAGGUUCUACACAGACUACCACCUCGAGUCCAGGUUCCUGCUCUCGAUCCUGGACAGGCUGCAGAUGAGUGUCCAUGCAGCAGAACACCACCAGUUACAACUGUUUAGUUUUGCUUUAAACCAACUGAACUCGCAGCAUUCACCACGAAUAACAGAGGUGACACCAAAGCACAACAAUGGAACAGUGAAGUACGCCGUGGGCAUGAUAAUGCACCACCGACAUUACGGCUACCGCUGCGUCAUCUACGGCUGGGACUACCGCUGCAAGGCCACCCCAGAGUGGAUCUUGCAGAUGGGAGUGGGAAACCUGGAGUACAAGACAGGCCAGCCGUUCUACAACGUGCUGGUCACCGAUGGAACCACCAGAUAUGCUGCCCAGGAAAACCUUGAGAUGCAUUCAAACCCACAGUGGAUAGAACAUCCUUUGGUUGGGCGUUACUUCGACACCUAUUGUGGGACCCACUACGUACCAAAUGAGGUGAAGGCACUUGAGUAUCCAGAUGAUGAGAAAGUGAGAAUGCAGCAUGUGACCAGCAAAACACUGUUGGAAAUGUGGUAUUAGUAUCCUCACUGCUGUUUCCUUGUCCCAAACAAGUAUUUUAUGCCAAAUUUUAGUUCUUAGUUAUGUUACGAAGUGGAGUAAGAGGCUGUGUGUGAUAUGUAUCUUUUCAAAGUCUGAAACCCUUUUAAAUUGUGUUGUGUGUACAUACGUUACAAAAUAUUAUUUUUGUAAAUUAAUAUUAAAGUUUCGUGAUUACUAUUUUGCAACACUGAGUUAAAUACCAAUUUUCAAUAUCUUUAAAUUGAAAACAUGUAGUUUACAUUUAAACAGUCCUGUAGGAUAAAAUACAGUAGAAGCCAGUUACAAUGUGUACAGAUACCUUGUGUGUUCUAUUCAACUAUAAAUAUAAACAUGUCUAUACUACUCUCUUUCAGAGUGAAACACUGCACUACCACCAGUGUCUAAAAUGUCCACUUAAAACUGUUCCUUCAUGUGAUAAUUAUCAAACCUGGACUUAUACUUAAUAUGAACAGAACUUGCUAGUAUAUUGACCAUUUUUCUUUAGCACACCAACAAAUAGUAUCAUUGAAAACAAAUUGUUUGGUACUGUGUAACCAAAUAAUACUUUUCGUAGAUAUCAAAACCUUAUGAAGAGGUAACAAAAUGGUGGUAAAUUAAUAUUUCCCUAUUAUACUUUAUAUUAUUUAAUAUUUGAAAUGAUUAGUUAUGACAUUUAAAGUUGGUAGUAAUGAUCAAGUUUAUUAUUUCAGGAAAUAUAGUCUAAUGAAACUAAGUGUGCUGCAAGAAAACUUAGUUAAUGACAGCUGGACAAAAAUGGCACACUUUGCAGCCCACUUACCUCAGAAAGAAUUAUGGUUAUUCAAUAUUUUGUAGUUACUGAGUAGUAUAGCACAUACAUAGUUAGAUAGUCAUCUUUAAAUAUUCUAAAUUAUUUAAAAAGCUCUUUAAACAUCAAUUAAUACCACUAUAAAUUUAUAUCCAUUUCCAUUAAACUCAUGUAUUGAAGAUUGUCACUGAAGAAACAUCACCUAAGUGAUAAGUGAUUUUUUUUUAAUUUGGUUUUUGUUUCUUCAAGGAAACGUAUGCAUAGCAUCUCACUACAUUAUUGAGCAUUUUCUACGGUUUAAAAAACAUAAAAUCUAAAACAAAAACAAGAGUUUUAAUGUUAUGUUAUGUUUGCAAUUGGUAUUUGGCAAUGUCUCCUGAAAAAUUUUCUUUCUGAAGAAUUUGCUUUUUGUCACAUACGCUUUGUUGUUUUUCAAGAAAUGAGAUAAUGUUUUGAUGUUAAUUAAAAAAGAUUUUGAAUGCACCUAACUUAUGGUAUACUCCAUAUUUUAUAUGACGUUUGAUUUACAAUAAAGAAUUCCAAAAUAAACUGCACAAAUGUCAAAAUACUUAAAUACACAUAAUUGUUUAUUGCUAUACAAUUUAAUUUAUGUAUGCUUAUGACAAAAUCAGACUUUCUGGAGGAAAAAUUUUAUAAAUUCUUAUAUUCCACACCAACCUAAAACAUAUGUAGAUUUUAUCAUUGUCCAAGUUUAGAAUAAUCUGGAAACAAACAAAAUAUUUAGCAUUUUUAUUGAUUGCUAUUUUCACGUACCUCAAAUCAUCAUUCUUUCAGCAUAGCACCACACACAGAGUGACUGAAGCAUCAUUUCAGGAAAUGGAACCAUUCCCAUCCGUUUUUAUGAGCUAGUACAUUACUUAAAUAUUAAUACGUACUUGUUACACAUACAUUGUGUAGAAUUUCAUGUUGAUGUUAAUUGGCAUUUGUGUAGUUUCAUUAAUAACCUAUUGAUGGCAAACUGACAUUUAUGAAUUCAACAAUAAAAAUAUGUAAAUUCAUAAAUAUUUGUAGGUAAAAGUGUUUUUUAUAUUUAUGUAUUUUGCAUAGAUUUAUAAAUAAUUCUGGAAGGUGUAGCUUAAAUGUGUAAUUUAUAUAAUAGUGACCCCUAUUUUUGGUGUGUAUUUUCUUUGACUAGGUAAAGAGGUUUAAAAACAGAAAAAUUGAUGUACAGUAGUAUGUCAAUAGUUGAUGGAACAGAAUAAAAAACGGUACUACACUUUAAUGUUGACCUUGUGCACAGCCGUAGUGGUGCUAUUAAGACUAUCAGUUUUUUUUCCUUAGUGUUUAUUGUAGGUAAUUAAAAGAUUGCUUGUACUGAAUAUAGUCAAUGUUAAAUAUUAAGUUAAGCAUAUUGUCUGCUUGUGUUUGCUACUGAAUACUAGUUUUUUUUUCAUAGGGGUGAUGCAUAUUGAUCUGCAAAAUUAACUCGAGGGGUUCAGAGCUUUUGUGAUUUCAGUUCAGGUGAAUUGCUUGUCUUCCAUUAAUAUAUUAUUGAGUAACAAAAUAUAGAUCUAAAUUUUUGAAUUAGAAAAUUCUGAGAUUUUGUUAUUUAAUGCAGUGUAAUUUAAGUCUUAUAGAGGACAAACAUUUAUUGUGUUGACAAGCAGCCAUAAAAAUAGGACGUUUGAAAAAGACAUCAAAGAAAUUAAAAUCGACAUAAAAAUAUACAUAGUUUUAUGAAACAAAUUGCAGUUGGCAAAAUAUUUACCUAUUUAAAAAAAAUAUCUUGGCUUCUCCAUUAAUUUUUGAAGACACUUGAACUAUGCACAAUACAGAGAGAGUCAAUUUCAUGCUAAUGAAUGUUCUUCACUUCCUGAAUCUUGCAAGUAAAGAAAAACUUGAAAUUUUUUUUAUCAGAUUACGUAUAUGUGUACAGCAUCCUUGAAAAUGUGUGUCAAACUGAUAAUGUCAGUUUAUUUCUGAAUUUAAAAAAAAUAGAACACAUUUUAAUUAUUGGGUGGAUUCUAAAGUGCUUUAGAAAGGACAUUUUGGCAGUGACAAUAAACAUUAGGAAUCUACAUUAAGUAAUUUGUGAGUAAAUUUACUGCCAUAUGAAAACCAGUAAUUUAAUUGUCAUCAACAUGUUAAGUUCUAUAUGCAUAUGCUGCUAAAUGUGUUCAGAAUCGUGGUGUAGUUUGACACACAUUUUAAUAUUAUUUGUAUUAUUAUUAUUAGGGGCCGGAAAAAUUCGCAAUUUGCGAUAGAUGCGAUUUUUUUGCGAAUUUUGAGGUUAGAUGCGAUUUUUUACUAAUUGUUGUUAUAAAUGCUAUAUUUGCGAAAUCGCGGUAAAAUGACCAUUAUCGGGCGAAAAACCACUAUAGAAUGCAACAAAAUGGCUUGAACACACAUUCCUCAAAGUAUUGUUUUUGAAAAUAACCACCAUAACACAAUUACAGUAAACAAUAGCUUCUGACAAGGCUUGUUGAAGGAAUAAAAUCCGAAUCCUAACCUUAACUUAGAAAACAUUCCUUAACCAAAUAUCACGCCUGAUAGUAUAGAAUAAGUAAUUUUGUAAAUUUAGUGUUUACGAUUUACUCAAGUUACCGUUGAAUGUUUAGAAAAGAAUGUUCACACUACUUAUCGACGCAGUUAUUUUGUUUUGAUAGAUCACGCCACGUUCGCCAUUGCAUCGUGUGUUGCCUGUUCAUGAAGAGUAUCCAACCUAACAAAACAAAUUUCCCGGGAAGCGCUUCACGGAAACCAACAAAACUAGAAAAUAUCUAGGUCGUUGACGGGAUCGUAGUGAACUUGCAAAGAUAAAAAUGAAAAUAUUUUAAAUGCUCAAAACUACUACAAAUAUUUUAGUACGCGGUUUUUUUUACAUUUGUUGAUAAUCACUUUAGUUUUCAAAUUUUUUUUCUGAUCAAUAUUUUACAUAGAGACAAAUCAUACAUUUUGUGGUGCACGUUUAGCGUACUGAAGUUGGCCAACUUGAAUUGUCUGUUUGUUUUCAUUUGAAAUUACUAGUGCUCAAACGUUUGUUUACAAAUACCGUUUAAUGAUUUUGGUUUGUGUUAAAAUUCGUCAUAAUGGGUAUAAACACUAUUACAACUUCUUGUAUUGUUAUGUAACUUUAAUAUCUUAAGCAAAUUUCUCAAAAAUAGAUGCUAAUUUCUGGAAAAUAGAUGCUAAUUUUGUAAUAAAUAGAUGCUAAUUUUUCCAGGCCCUAAUUAUUAUUCAAUGUAAGGUUUGUAUAUUUCAUUAAACCAAAGCAUGCAAGUAUUCAUUCCAAUUUUCAAAGAAAGUAAUACAUAUAUUUAUUGAAUGUCAGCAGUAUUACUGUGACUUUUCUUUCAUCCUUGGAUAUUUAUGUAUAAUUUAUUUUUUGAGUUCUUGUAGCAUGCUACAAUGCUGAGAGCUGUCACUAAACAUUGUUUGGGUAAUGUACGCUUGUGUAAAUAAAAUAAAAAACCCUA